UUCUGAGGGGGUGGCAUGUGUGUGUCAUUUUAUCAGUGUGACCCAGCUGUGUUUGAUGCUGUAGUUUUAAGGCUCCUUCAGACUGAUACUGACACGCUGUGUGUGCUGGUAUGAGGUGUGCUGUGCUCAUGUUGAAGGUUUUCCUCUCAUUGCUGGGCAUUGAGAUGAUCGUGGCUCAGGCUGCUUGUCCUCUGGUGUGUUCCUGUAGUGCCGGUGUGAUCGACUGCAGUAACCGCGUCCUCACCACGGCCACGCUGCCCUCCGCCUUCCCUCCACACACCGCUGAACUCCGCCUGAACGACAACCACCUGACGGCUCUGCCCAACGGCCUGCUGGACUCGCUGCCCGGCCUGCGCCUGGCCGUUCUCCACGGCAACCCGUGGUCAUGUGACUGUGGCAUCCUUUAUCUGAGAGGAUGGCUGCUGAAACAGGGAAAUGAUGCUUCGAUACAGAACGUUACCUGCAGUUCUCCUGCUCACCUACGGGGGCGCCGGGUCGUGUAUCUGGCUGAACAGGAGAUUUUGGAAUCGUGUCGUUAUUGGCUGUGUAAUUUGGCUCUGGCCUCUCAGAUCAGCCUCUUCAUCUUCAUCACAGUUCAGGUCCUCCUGCUGGCCUCUGUCAUCCACUUCCUCCGGCGGUUUGAGCGGCUCACGCGCACGGCCGCAGAGACCUUCACGGCGGAUGAUGAUGUGACCCAGAGUAAUGAAUAUGUCAUGUUAAAAGACAGGAGCAUGUAGACCAAGAGCAAACAACUGUGUUCAUUUCAUCGUAAUUAUUUUGCACACUUCAUUUUUUAUGAUCACAUAAAGUGUGACUUCUUUAAAUAUACUUUUUAUUGCCUUUUUGCAUACUUUCUUCAGCCAUGCAAAUAAUAAAUAAAUAAAAAUGCUUAAAGCAGCUUAGUAUUACCAAAUGUAAUGUUUACUGUAAAUUAGGCUACCCUAACUGAGGAAAAUUAUGAAUAAAUCCUUUUCUUUUGUACUUGUCUUUGUAAAAUUGCACUCUUUUGUAAAGUGAUCCACUGGUCAAAUGAAUUAAACAAUUUUGGUGCAUA